AGCUCAUCCAGCUCUCCAGCAAUUACCGUCAGUACAUCUCCUGGAACUUCGCAAUGUACACAAGAAGGAUUCUUCCCUGAUCCUGACGACUGUCGCAAAUUCUAUCGCUGCGUUGGCAGUGGUUCAACAUUUAUCAAAUAUGAAUUCCAAUGUGGGACAAAUACUGCUUGGGAUUCGGAACUUCAGAGCUGUAACCACGAUUAUCUGGUUGCUAGUUGUAAAAAUAGGCCUGGUUCGUCUGGUUCUCCUGGCACUACAGAGCCAAACUCGUCUGAAAACGAGAUUAGUAGCAGUAUUGGUCAGGCAAGUUCAUCUCAAACGGAAAGUAAUGAGCCGUCAGGAACUCAAGUGUCUUCUACAUCAACUACUCGUCCACCAUCUGUGUCAUCCUCUUCACCAGAAUCAAGUAGUUCCCAGCCUACAGUGCCAUCUUCCACUACACCUCCUACAGAAUCAAGCGCAUCUAUUUCUCAAUCUACGGCGUCAUCUUCUGCACCUCCUACAGCCGAAUCAAGUGCAUCUAGUUCUCAGUCUACAGUGCCAUCUUCCACUGCACCUUCUACAGAAUCAAGUGUACCUGUUUCUCAAUCUACGGCUCCAUCUUCUGCACCUCCUACAGCCGAAUCAAGUGGAUCUAGUUCUCAGCCUAUAGUGCCAUCUUCCACUGCACCUUCUACAGAAUCAAGCGUACCUGUUUCUCAAUCUACGGCUCCAUCUUCUGCACCUCCUACAGCCGAAUCAAGUGCAUCUAGUUCUCAACCUGCAGUGCCAUCUUCCACUGGAUCUCCUGCAACGAGUACAUCCUCUCAAUCUACACAAUCAAGCGUUACACCAGUUUAUUUACCUCCAGAGAACAGCACCGUGUCCAGCACACAAACAAACGUUCCAACCUCCAGUUCACCUUCUGGAUCACCAGAAUGUCCAGAAGAAGGUUUCUUCCCGAAUCCAAAUGACUGUAAGAAAUUCUACCGCUGCGUACCUACGCAAAAUGGUUUACAAAGAUACGACUUUGAUUGUGCACCUGGUACUGCUUGGGAUCAAGCUAUUAAGACAUGCAAUUAUAUCGAUUUAGUAGCUUCUUGUUCCUCAAGUAAUGCGCCAGCGUCUACUUUAACACCAUCUGAAAGUGAUUCUUCCAGUAGCUCCACUGCUACCAGUACACCUGGAGGAACUCAAAGUACAGCGAGUACACCAUCAAGUAUUGCUACUAGCACAUCUGAAUCAGUUAGUACAGAAUCUGGAGGAACAGAAAGUCCAACAACAAGUACAGUUCUAGGUAGCUCGGAAACAUCAGCGACAACUGAAUCUUCAACUUCAUCAACGUCCUCCACUCAGUCCAGCGUUCCAGAUUGCACCACGAAGAAGCCUAAUAAUACGAUAGUUUGCAAUAAACCAGGUUUCUAUCCGCAUCCAACGCGCUGUGACAAAUUCUAUCGCUGCGUUGAUAACGGAAACGGCUUCAACGUGUAUUAUUUCGACUGCGCACCUGGAACUAUAUGGGACCCUAGCAUUGACACAUGUAAUUAUCCUGAAUCAGUUUAUCCUCCAAGAGACUGCGCGAUACCUCCAUCUACUACGGAACAAACACCAAGUGUUGAAACGACUACAGCCACAUCUGAACUGACUACACAGUCCACUUCUGAAGGUACUACAGAAUCUACAUCUGAAUCUACUGGGUCCACAACUGAAUCGAUUACUGAAUCUACAUCUGAAUCUACAUCUACUGGAUCUACAACUGAAUCGAUUACUGGAUCUACUACAGAAUCUACUGCAGAGCCAACUACAGAGUCUACGUCUGAAGAAACUACAGAAUCUACGUCUCAAGCAACCGAAUCCACUUCUGAAAGUACCACCGAAUCUACGUCUCAAUCAACCGAAUCCACUUCUGAAAGUACUACCGAAUCUACGUCUCAAUCAACCGAAUCUACUCCUGAAAGUACUACGGAAUCUACAUCUCAAAUAAUUGAAUCCACUUCUGAAAGUACCACCGAAUCUACAUCUCAAUCAACCGAAUCUACUUCUGAAAGAACCACCGAAUCCAGUGAAGCAAGUACAGAAUCAACAUCAACGACAGAAUCGACAUCUGAAGCAACAACUGAGUCCACAACAGUAGAAUCAACGACCGAAGGUACCACUGAGAGUAGUACAGCAUCCAGCUCAGAACAGACUAGCGAACUAACAACAUCAACGACAGAAUCCACCACGGAAUCGAUUGCCAGUACGGAACCUACUAUCCCAACACCUUGUCCAAUUGGUAACUUAACCGAUGAACAGAUAGUGCUCGUUUGUCCAACUGGUUUCCGAAGACAUCCGAAAUAUUGCAAUUUAUUCUAUCAAUGUACUAACGAAAACGAUAUGGAGAUCAAAGUCCUGGUAUUAAGCUGUCCAGAAGGAACGAUCUUCGACGAACGAAAGAUACAGUGUUUGCCCGAAGAUAAAGCUAGUCAAUCGUGCACAGGCACUAUAGCUUCUGCACGAUUUUAUAGAAGAUUGGAGCAAAGUUCUACGAAUAUAAUAAAAGUAUCAACCCAGCAACUGUGCCUAGGAGAAGGUCACUACCCUUACAAAUUGGGCUGCAGUAGCGUGUUCUAUAAUUGUAAACGAAAUUCCAGAAACGAUCUUCAAGGUUAUUUAUACAAGUGUCCAGAGAACUUCCUCUACUGGUCAGUUUCGAGAAGAUGUGAGCGUGAAGCGCGAUUGCCAUUGUGCGGGUUAUACAAGUCUAAGGAAAGCCUUGAGAACUGGAAGGAAAAGUGGCAGAUUCCAAUAGAAGAAUCUAAUUUAUCUGCUCGAAGUUUAUUUCUCUAAAUUCCGAUAAAAAGCUCUUAGUGAUUUAAAUGGACAGUAUAAACUCUCAGGACAAUUUCUGAUCUUGUUUUUUUCUCUCUCUUUUUUUUUU